AUGAGGUGCUCAACCAUUACAGACCCAAAGGAAAGUAACCACAGAAAGCAUAUUGUUGACGAAAUCUUCUCGACCGAAGUUUCAUAUGUCAAAUCACUGGAAGACUGCAUCACGUACUUUCAGAAGCCUUUAAUGGAAGAAAACCCACCCACCAUCGUUGGGGGAGAUGUCAUGAUCUUGUUCCUACACUUUCAGCAAAUCAUUUCCGUAAACUCCGUCUUGGUCGAAAAACUGAAGGAGGUUCAAACUCGUGGGACGCUUUACACAAACCUCGGAGGUGCGUUCAUCAAAUUUAUUCCAUUCUUGAAAAGCUAUACUCAGUUCGCUUCAAAUCAGGACAACUGCUUGCAAGUACUUAAAAAACUCGAACAAGACAAAAUCGUUGUGCAACACUUGGAGGAUUUGAGACAAAAAAUUAAAGCUUCCAAUCAGCUGGAUCUCAGAAGUUACCUUAUCAUGCCAAUCCAGAGACUUCCAAGGUAUGUACUCCUUUUUACAGACCUCAUGAAACACACACCAGAAAAUUUCCCAGACUUUACACGACUCAAAAAGGUCUUGGAGGAGAUCCAAAAAGUCGCCAUUCUUGUCAACCAGUGCAUGGUACAGGGAGAAAAGCUCAGGAGGUUGGUUGAAAUUUCGCAGCAAGUCGACUUCCCUGGUGGCGAUCUGACCAUUGGACGAAAGUUGGUACGAGAUGGUAUUUUGAGUAAACAGUGCAGGAAGGCGCCAAAACCCCGUUACUUUGUGCUGUGCACAGACUUGUUGUUUUAUACCGCACCGAAAAAGAGAGAAGUUGAGUUUGUGUUGAGCCUUUUUGAAACGGACAUACGCGAUGGACAAGGAAUGCAAUUUGACAUUUUCUCGCCCACCCGUUCGUUUACUGUGUUUGCAAAAGACGACGCAGAAAAAGCGGAAUGGUUAAAAGAUUUGACAACAACGAUUGACAACUGUAAGAAAAACUCUGUGUUGUUGAAACAAGCGAACAUCUCGGACAAGGGAGGGGACAAAAAAAUUGCUGCAAUGAAGCCCGUGUUUGUCCCUGAUGACCAAGCAAAAGAGUGUAUGAGAUGCCACAAAGACUUUGGUGUUAUGAGGCGUAGACACCAUUGCCGAUUUUGUGGCGGAUGUGUGUGUGACAGCUGCAGUAAAAAUCGGUUGAAGACGAGUGGUACGACCCUUGAACGAGCUUGUGAUGACUGUUUCAACAGACUUGUGUGUGACCCGAAGGCGCUGAGCGAGUUGGUUGCUGCGAUGGGGGACAGUGAUGAUAUGAAGACGCCCCGAUUAUCUCCAAGACCAGCGAAAACUGAUAAGAAAAAGAAGAAAGGCACUGGAAGUCCCGAUGUCGAGGAAGGGAGCUCUUCCGAGAAAAUAGCGGAGGAGGAGAAAAAAGAAGAAGCUGCGAAGGUUGAGAAGCCCGCGGUUAAUGUGAAGAAUCUCAGGGCGAUGUUUGAGCAGAAAUGA